CUGUCUCAGCUGCCUGUCGUUUGUCGGCUGAAGCUCUCACACAAGGAAGCCAGAGCAGCGGCAGAAACGUCUGAAACGGGGCUGCGAGAUGUGCUAGUUCGAACUCACCAACGUGAAGAAAAUGGCUGCCAACUCAAACCACCGCCCAAAAAGUGUUGAUAUCAGCUGUUAUGUCUCUGGUUCUUUCUCUCAGCUGUCCAUGCGGCCCGAAUCCUCAGCACAGGGGCCCAUGCGUGUCCACUUUCAGAUCGGGCUCCUCAAAGAGGACGUACGGAUCCCUGAGGGACGCCUCAGUUUACACCAGGCGAAGCAUCUCGCAGCCGAAAUCAUUGAGAGAAAGGCUCCGGAGUGCAGUGUCGUGGGUCUCGAGGAGAAGCUGCUGUUAUUCAGACAUGAGCCGAACACAGAGCAGAUCUUACAGAAACUCACUGAAAAACACGACAUACGGGAUGGAGAUCUGCUGGAGGUGGUGCUCGCUGGAACAGCUUCAGUGACGGAGACAAAGUACCGCCCACAUUCUCUGGUCGUCCAUUCAUAUCGCACACCUACGUUUUGUCACUACUGUGGUGAGAUGUUAUGGGGACUCGUCCGGCAGGGCCUGAAAUGUGAUGGCUGCGGUCUGGAUUUCCACAAGCGCUGUGCGUUUAAGUUGCCAAACGAUUGCUCUCGCGUGUAUCGCCGAUGCGGCCCGAGCCUGUCGCUGUUUCCUCCUGGACGGCCGCGAACCCCAUCGCUCUCCAAUCACACAGGCGGGAGUCUGGAGGAGAUCAGCCUGUCAAAGCCGUCACGCUCGCGUCCACCUUCCUGGGCCGACGUGCCGGUGUCUGUGGGGCUGUCGGAGGGGAAGGAGGCCCAACCGCGCGUCCCGCACACCUUCCACAUUCACACCUACACCAAACCCACGGUCUGCCAGUACUGCUUUCGGCUGCUCAAGGGCCUCUUCAGACAGGGCAUGCAGUGCUCCGACUGUAAGUUGAACUGUCAUCGCAGGUGUGUGUCUCUUGUUCCUCCCAACUGUAGGGGUGAGAAAGCAAAUGGAGAAGAGCCUGAUGAGAACAUGACAGUGGUGACGUUAAACGAACUUUAUGAAGAGCUGCGAUAUAAAGACCCGCCGGUCACGGACAUGCCGCUGCAGACGCCUGUCGCGCCGUGUUUCAGCAGUAAUAUUCCUCUGAUGCGAGUGGUGCAGUCAGUCAAACACAGCAAGAGAAGAAACAGUGGAGUGCUGAAGAAAGGCUGGUUGGUCCAUCAUACCAACACUGAUACAAUGAGAAAACGUCACUACUGGGUAUUAGAUGGGAAAAGUAUCACCCUGUACCCGAAUGAAAUCAGUAUUAAGUACUUUAAGGAGAUUUCUCUCUCAGAGGUGCUGCAGGUUCGAGGUCCGGCUCAGCUCACUGUUCCAGUGUUGCAGGGCAACAGCGCACACUCGUUCGAGCUGGUGACGGGAUCACUAGUGUACUGUGUGUUUGCGGAUCAGGACAGCCCGUCUUGGGAGUCAGCUCUCAGUCAGGCCCUCAGGCCGGUGCAGGGCACCGUAUGCCACAUGACAAACAACACCGGUGACGGAAAGAGCAGUGAAGAGAUCCAGGACAUCAGUGAGAUCUAUCAGAUCUUCUCUGAUGAGGUUUUGGGUUCGGGUCAGUUCGGGGUGGUUUACGGAGGCACUCACAGACACACGGGCCGCCCGGUCGCAAUUAAAGUCAUCGAUAAAACAAGAUUUCCUGUCAAACAGGAGGAGCAGACCAAAAAUGAGGUCUCGAUAUUGCAGAGACUGUCUCAUCCAGGAAUCAUUCAUUUAGAAGGGAUGUUUAAGACAAUGGAACAUACUUUCGUUGUGAUGGAGAAGCUCCACAGUGACAUGUUAGAGGUGAUCUUAUCUCACGAGAAUGGACGUCUGACUGAACGCACCACCCGUUUUCUGGUCACCCAGGUUUUGGAGGCUCUGCGGUAUCUGCACAUGAGGGACAUUGCACACUGUGACCUGAAACCAGAAAAUGUGCUGCUGGCUUCACCUGAACCAUUUCCUCAGGUCAAACUGUGUGACUUUGGUUUCGCUCGGAUUAUCGGACAGAAGUCGUUCCGGCGAACUCUCGUCGGGACGCCUGCGUAUCUGGCACCUGAGGUCAUCUGUAGCAAGGGUUACAAUCGUUCUCUGGACAUGUGGGCCGUAGGUGUGAUUUUAUAUGUCAGUCUGAGUGGAACUUUCCCCUUCAAUGAGGACGAGGACAUUAAUCAGCAGAUCACCAACGCUUCCUUCAUGUAUCCACGCCAGCCGUGGUCCCUCAUCUCACUGGAGGCGGUGAAUCUGAUCAAUAACCUGCUGCAGGUGGUGGUGCGACGCAGGUUUACUGUUGGCAAAGCGAUGGGUCAUCCCUGGUUUCAGAACUUCCAGAUGUGGUGUGACCUGCGUGAGUUUGAGCAGAGGAUGGGAUGUCGCUAUCUCACGGUUGAGGCGGAAGACGAGCACUGGAGAUCCUACACAGUGGAGAAAGGCCUCAGUUUCCCAGAGCAUUUAGUAGAAGCAGCCAAUGAAGAGCAGAAACAACAGCUAUGAGCCACUUAGAUUUUACACAAAUACAACUGUGAAUAUUGUAUUAUAUCAGCAACUGUGAAUCUGCAGUGUUGUAGAAUGUCGACGUAUUUUUCAAUAA